UACCGUCGUCUGCACAACCUAAAAUCAAAAUGAAAUUCGUCAUUGUUUUCGUUGCUCUAUUCGCUCUGGCCUACGCCGCACCAGCUGCUCCAGAAGCCGAAAUCGUUGAAUUGAGAUCUGAAGUAGAGCCAGAGAAAUACAGCUACUCCUUGAAGACCAGCGAUGGUACCUCAAAGGACGAAGAAGGUCAUUUGGAAAAUGUUGGCGCUGAGGAUGAGCACAUUGUUGCCCGCGGUUCAUACUCUUUUGUUGCUGAUGAUGGUCAGACCUACACCGUCACCUACAUCGCUGACCAGAACGGUUUCCAACCCCAAGGCGCUCAUUUGCCCGUCGCCCCUGAGGCUUAAGUCUAUUAUAUAAUAGUUCGGGUUUGAUUGGUGGAAGUGUUAUUAGUUUAUAAGGGGAAAAAAUGAUGUUGAAUAAAUGAUGACAAAAUACUCAAA